AUGGCAAAGCGAGCUGUCAAGGGCACAUACUUGGCUGACCACCCCUUCCUACUUCUGGCACCUGCCGCUGAAGGAUCGGCGUAUGGCGUGUACUUGCACAACGCAAACCAGAUAGAAUUGGUGACGUCACUACGAGGAACGCUCACGUUCCGCGUCGAUGGCGGUCAGCUCGACUUCUUCGUGUUCGGUGGACCGACGCCCCAGUCGGUUCUGGAACAGUACCAGGGACUCGUUGGUCGAUCCGGAAUGCCCUCGGUGCGCACUCUGCUGCACCCGGUGCCCUCCGGUGGACCCGUCAAGCUAGACAGCGUCGUCACCAAUGCGCAGCUGGCGCGCGCAGUGCAUCGACUGGGCCUCUACAGACUCAAGCAGAACCUGAAUGUCACCAUCACACCCCAGGUCGUGAUCCAGGAGAGCACGGGAAAGCGGCCUUACACGUGCUACGACAAGAACAAGAAAGCGGUUUACUUCGUGGACUUCACGCACCCGAUGGCGCAGAAAGCACUGCUGUUGGAGGCACCCCGCUGCAAGAUCCGAGGCAAUGCCACGCCAGAGUGCCCCCGUACGCCGGCAGAUGGCGCCACGCCGACUGGCCAGAUAUGCGGUACGGCUCGCCUGCACAUGUCGACGUACGCGAACCUCAGAAACGCCUACCCGUACAUGCUGGCCGAAAUGACGAACAGGUAUCGAACGAUGGAGACGUCGGAACGGCAGAAGUUUCUGUCGGACGUCACCUUCACUGGUCAGGGGAAAUGGAGCGGCUACUGGCGUCCACAGGCCCCUCGCAACUGGGCCGAACUCGGAGACACUUUGGCAGAGAUGCUGACGUUCGGCAUGCUGGGUGUUCACCUGUACGGGGUCGGCGCCUGCCACCUGGCGAACGUGACGAGAGAGGCGGAGGCCGAGCUCUGCCUGCGGUGGUUCUCCCUCUCCGUGUUCUUUCCGGUGCACCAGGCUCUUGGACAGCCGACAAAUCCAAUCCAGAGGCGUGUGGUGGCGCAGGCGUCGAAGGCGACCGCCCUGCGCCGCUUUCUGCUGCCGUACGCCUACACGCAGCUGGUGAAGGCAUCGCGCAGCGGAGGCACGCUGUCGCGCCCCACCUAUAUCGAGUGA